GGGCGGGGUCGUCAACACCUUUUCAGCCUGGCUGUUGAGGGUGCCGCUGAAAAAUGUCUGCUGGUACUAAGAAGAUUAGUAAAGCUGAACGGAUGAGGAUGCUAAGGGAAGAGGAGGAAAGGCGACUGCUUGAGGAAGAGCAAGCCCGCUUACGCGCCGAGCAGGAACAAGCUGUGAAGGCGGAAAAGGAACGCAUUGAGAGAGAGAAAACGGAACACCUUGAAGCUAAAGAUCAAGAACGCCGGGGUGAGGAGUUAGCUGAAAUUUCUGAGUUAGAAGAGAGCUUUUUGCUCGCGUCCCAGUGGAAGUUGAAAAGUAGAGCACUUGCUAAGUGGGAACAUUACACCUGUUGUGAUGGCAGCCCAGACCCAACAGUUCUCCAGGAAAUCAACACUUUUAUGAGCUUGUGGCUAGAAGAGACCCAGAACGACACUACGACGGUGGUUGAGAAAGGGAGCAAAGUGCUGGAACUCAUCACCAAGUUAGAAAUGUACGUCCUGGAGACUCCGUUUGACGAGCUCUCUUUCAGUGAGGUCAUUCAGUACCAGGAGACCAUUGUGCUGUUGCAGAGCAUGCUUCAUCUUAAGUACAACCAAGCCACAGAACAUCUGCUGAAGCAAGCCAGUAGUUACGGAGAAUCGGAGAGCGGAAAUAUGGAACUUGUCGUGAAAGAGAAGGACAUUACACUGUGCCUUUGGGCCAAUCUCAAGAAGAAUGCAAGAUUCCGGAACCAAUUGUUUUACGACAAGGACAAGCAACCCUGCCACGGGUUUGAGCUUCCCAAGCCACUGACCACCUGCGAUGUGGCCGUACGCAUCUUGCACACCCGUUAUGACCAUUUAUCGCCUUUUCACGAUUUCCCCAAAGAGCUCCCGAAACUGGACCUCCCAUCCACGGUGACGGAGGUGACUCAGUCCAGCAAUCAAACAGAAAUCCAAACCGAAGACCGGGAGACCCUAAAAGACGUUUCUGAGAUCAAAACGGACGCCUCGGCGAGAACCAUGACCAUUAGCGAUGUCUUCAGUUAUUCGGAAAGGAGGAGGAGCAGCAGCUCCCGGGGCUCUGGAAGUAGAGAAGAUCAUUACAAAAGCUCCUUUUUCCUUCGGUCCACCUCCAGAGCUCACGUUUCAGCCCUGCGGCUCUUUGACAUCAGUGAGUUGGAUAUCCUUGAAGAUUACACGGUGGAUUUGCACCAGUUCAUGUCGGUGGGGGGCGUCUACCACUGCAAUUUGCUGAAGCUCCCACCUCAAGCCAAGCAAGUCAAAGGAUGGACCAUCGUGGAAGUCUUGGAUACGGGAUUAGAGACUUACCCCUACACUGCGGCAUGUGAAGACUCUGAAGACAACUCAGCGGUGACGGUGGGGAUCACGAUCCAUCUUUCCGAUUCUGUGAUCUACUUUGAAGAACCGCUGAUCGCAAGAUGGGAUAAUCAAGGGAGACACUGGAGAACCGAUGACAUUGGGGAGGUGAACUACAGCAUGAAAGGGAAGGAGAUCUCCUUUAGAAUGAACGGCUUCUUUACCAUCACGUUGCUCCAGGAUGCUCACCUCAAUAUGCCGUAUCAAGCCUGGGAGCUCCAGCCUGUCGGCCCCGACAAAGCUGUUUUUACCAUCCUCACCACCUUUGCCGAGGUCCAGAUCCACAUCAAGGACAAUCAAUGCAUGAUCUACUCUGUGGCUACCAUCGAAGAUUCUGACCUGCUUAUGGGGCUGAGAGACAAAUGGAUGUCACCCAUGGCCCUCAUGAUGGCCCUGAAGAGAGCUGGCAUGAACAUCUUCCCCGCUGAAUACUCCUCAAAGUAUGUCAGCGUGAACAAAAAAACGUUCUUGGCAGAAAUGAUGGUUUAUCAGCAAAUGUCCCUUGUUGCAACCUCUUUUGCCUUUGGCUGGAGCAAGUGGAACCUGAAGAGUGGAGAGAACAAUCUGGUCUUUAAGGCCUGUGAACAUCUGAGCGAAGAAGAGCAGAUCCAAGAAGAAGAAUGGGCUCUUUACAUGUUCAACAGCCAAAGAGCUCAGAAGCUCGCGAUCGACGAGGAGAGCGAUGUUUUCUCCAAGAACAUCGCGGAAGGCUCCGAAUUCCACUCCACUCUCUAUCACCUCCUGAAAGACACCGGGAGCAAAGACGCCAUGGACCGCGUCAGGCAGAGCAACUACCUCUUCAUCGAUGCCGUCUACCAAUUGCUCUUGGCCACCAGGGUGCUGACGUACUCCUAACACACACAAAAGCCGCUUUUUAAGAACUUUAUUAGAGUUGAAAGACACUCCAGUCAACUAAGAGGUGGAAGAAAUCACGCUUCAGACAUUUUUUAAAAAAAAGAAAGGAAAAAAUAAAUAAGCCAUUUAUGGAUAGACUACGGGCCCUGAAAUUUGUUUUUUUUAAAAAAUAUAUAUAUUUUGUUUCUAUAAGCUCUUUGGUGAGAUUUGGGGUGGGUUGGUGGGAGGGGAGAGAACGAUGGACAAAAUUAAAAACAAUAAGGCGUUGCAAUCGUUCAGAAGAUCCACUUCCUUGGCUGGAAAAGAAUGAAUCGUAUUUUGUUUCUGAAUGGCAUGGUCCCGAAUUAUUAACAGAAAUAUUAGAUGAUGCAUUAAAAUUGCAUUUUCUCUACAGUCAGACAUUUAAAAUGGGAUAAACCUAAAUUGCUUGAUUAUUCAAUUUAAGACUACAUGCUGAACAGACUCCAGAAGAGGGUUUUGUUUCCCAGCCUUGGCAAACUCUAAGGUGGGUGGA